AUGGGAGUKGAAUUAGGAGACAAAAAACCSUCYGAACUUUGGAGAGAAAUGAAACGCUUAGCAGGAGAUAGUGUUAGCGAAAAAAUGCUCCUAAYGUUAUGGAUGCAAAGGAUGCCAACCAGGGCACAAGAGAUCCUGGCCAUUGCAGACGAAAAUACGUCACCCGCAAGGUUAGCGGAAAUGGGUGACAAGAUCCUAGAGAGAGAGCGUCUGCCGGAAACGGCCGCCAUUACGGAAGCAGCGCCAAUAGGAAGUGCCGCUCAAACAACAAUCAAUAGCGAGGUAGCAGAAAUCAAGCGGGGAAUCGCGCAACUAACGGAGAAGAUGGAAAAAUUGAUGCGCGGUAGAAGAAAAUACCGAAGUUUCCGCGGAAGAUCCCGAAGUCGAAGCCGAUCGKCAAGCACUCACCGAAACAAUGACGGCCUAUGUUAYUACCACUGGAAAUUCGCGGAACGAUCGUGGAAGUGCAGAUCCCCGUGCAAGUGGACAGGCCCGGAUAAAAGAAAGCCUUCGGAAAACUAA